UUAUGGAGGGUUUUGAGAAUAUGGCAUUCAUUGCUAAUGCUGUCAAUCUCUUCACAUAUUUUCAUGGUGUUAUGUACUAUGACUUGGCCGAUUCCUCUACCACGCUCACAAAUUUGAUGGGAGCUUCCUUCUUACUAGCAUUAUUUGGAGCCUUUCUAUCUGAUGCAUACAUUAACAGAUUCAACACUAACAUUAUUUUUGCUUCUAUAGAAGUAGUGGGUUAUCUAUUGCUAACUAUGCAAGCACACUUCCCUUCAUUGAGGCCCAGUGAGUGUGAUAUAUUGAAUCCUGUCAUGAAUUGUAAGCAUGUUGGAGGAGGAAAUGCCGCCCUGCUUUACAUGGGGUUGUAUCUGAUUGCUCUUGGAACGGGUGGUGUGAAGGCUGCUCUUCCGUCCUUGGGGGCAAACCAGUUUGAUGAGAAGGAUCCAAGAGAGAGUAGGCUCAUGUCUAGUUUUUUCAACUGGUUCUUUUUCAGCCUUUCAGUUGGAGCAAGCUUGGGAGUGACAUUCAUCGUGUGGAUUCAGAACAACAAAGGAUGGGAUUGGGGAUUUGGUUUAUGUACCAUGGCAGUUGCCCUUGGUAUUUUUAGCCUGCUAUUUGGUAUGUCCACAUACCGGAAUCAAGUGCCUCGUGGCAGUCCUCUCACUCGAAUUAUGCAGGUGUUUGUUGCUGCAAUUCGGAAGAGAAACCUUCCUCUUCCAGAGGAGGCAACAGAGUUGUAUGAGGUGAAUGAUAAAGAAACAGCUUUAGACAAAGAACUCUCACACACCCAACAAUUUCGAUUUCUGGACAGAGCUGCCAUAGUACAGGAAAGUUCAGAGAAACCAGAGAGCCCAUGGCAACUCUGCACUGUGACACAAGUGGAAGAAGCGAAAAUCUUGGUGCGCAUGCUACCAAUAUUUGCAAGCACCAUUCUGGUAGCCACCUGCUUGGCCCAGCUUCAAACAUUCUCAGUGCAACAGGGGAUGACCAUGGACACCCACAUAGGCUCCAGCUUUCAUAUUCCUCCAGCUUCUCUAGCAGCAAUACCCCUGAUAAUUUUGUUAGUUCUCACCCCACUCUAUGAUCUUGUCUUUGUUCCCUUUGCCAGGCGAAUAACAGGAAAAGAGACUGGCAUAACUCAUCUCCAGAGAAUUGGAGUGGGACUGUUGCUCUCUGCAUUGUCAAUGGCCAUUGCUGCAAUGGUGGAAGUGAAGAGAAAAGAUGUAGCUCGAGAGCACAACAUGUUAGACAGCAGAGAGCCUGUGCCAUUAAGUGUGUUCUGGUUAGGCUUCCAGUAUUUGGUAUUUGGAGUUGCAGACCUCUUCACUGUGGUGGGUCUAAUGCAAUUCUUUUACAGCCAAGCUCCUCCAGGCAUGAAAUCCUUGGCUACAGCUUUCUCAUGGUGUUCUUUGGCUUUUGGCUACUUCCUCAGCACAGUUGUGGUGAAUGUAGUGAACAAAGCCACUAGUAAGAUUACAGGCAGUGGCGGUUGGCUUCAUGGAAACAAUCUGAAUCGUAACAACCUCAAUCUCUUCUACUGGAUGCUCGCCAUUCUCAGCAUCCUCAACUUUUUCAACUAUCUCUACUGGUCUCGAUGGUACAAAUACAAGCCAAUUACUCAACAUCAUCAAAACAUUAAAUCUCCCCUUAAGAGCUGGUAUGUAGGCUCUCCUUGA